AUGAUGCAGAAGGACUUAAAAAAGGAAAACGUGAAUAUACAUACACACAUUCCCAAGUGUAUAAUUCUCCUUCACAUCUCGAGCAACCACGAUGAUGACAUAGAGACUGAUGUGCAGAAAUUGUUCGUAAUAAUUCAGUCUACCUUCCUCAAUUUCAAGUGCCAUUUGCUUAUUAUCAAGGCGCAUCGAUUUUUGAAUAACUCCUUAGGAGGAGAGACGAAAUUUGUUUGCUCGGUGGAUACUGAUAAGGGGGAGCACUUAGAAGGUGUUGAGUCCCUCUCUAGUGUGAGACGCCCAUCUGAUGAUGAGCUAACCAAGGGAGGUGUAACCCAGGUGGGAAACCCCUACGAAGGGAACCCCCCCUUAGAUGGAUCCAACAGACAAAGCGUUCAGCAGAACGGAGAGCCUUUAACGAAAGACACUCCCUCCCAGCAGCUGUACUCUAAGGAAAGCGUCCUGGGGGAUGAACGCAUGUUGUCCUACACGGAAAUUAACUCGGUAAGGAGAAACAAAAACAGGUUGUAUCCACAAAAGAACUCCCACCUUUUGCGAUUAAACAGCAUACAGGAGCUGUACGUGGAUAACUUGGGUAGCCAUUUUAGUGACUCGACUCAGGAUGGAAUCAAACCAGCCACAAACAACAUCGAAAUUGAGGAAAUGAAAAAAGUGAAGAAAAACAUUGCCAAUAAAAUGAGUUCCCUUUAUGAUUAUAUUUUUUCGGACGAAAUUAUUUACAUCAGUAAGAAGGACCCACUACUUUUGGACGAAGCCUAUUUCUGCUGUUGCCUAGACCACGUAGACAUUGUUUCGCUGAAAAUGUUUUUUCAUAAUUUUGUACAAAUUUGUGUAAUUCCCUACAUCAGUACAAUUACUUACGAUAUUAAUCACCUCAUUUUGAGGAAUAGAAAAACUUUGCGAAAUCAGUUAAAGUUCAUGUGGAAGAAAGCAAAAUUGAAUUUUAGUUCAACCGAUGCUGCUUUGUUGGUCGCCGAACAGACAGGUAGUGCUUUUCUCAACGUCGCGCAAAAUGUGCUAGCACCGAGCAGUGACGCGGCAGGUGGAAGUAACGCUAUUCCUGGUAAGUAUGCGCAGGAGGAAGAGAAAGCUUCCAUUCUGGGGGACCAACAGAAAGGCAUUCCAACCGAGUCUGCGUCGGUGCAAAGGAGCACAAGUGGGGACUCGGUGCAGAUGGGGGGAGACCCCGACGUGCUCGCCGCCAACCCGGGAAGUGCAGCCAACCCGGGUAAUGCAGCCAACCCGGGUAAUGCCUCCAACCCAGGUAAUGCAGCCAACCCGAGUAACACCGCCAACCCCGGUAACGCCGCCAACCCCGUUGACGCCUCUCCCAUGGGCGAGGCGAAGAAGUACAACAAGGAGCCCCUGGAGUGGCUGUACAAAACCCUCAGCGACGUGUACUUCAUCCUGGGGGAGUACGAACUGGCCUACAGCACCCUGAAAAUUUGCAUCAACGAAUUUAAGCAUGACAAGCUAUAUUUCUACCUAGGAAAUAUAUACAAACUUACGAGCCUUUCCAUUUUCAACAUGGACAGCCAAGUGAACAAAAAGGAUUCCCUGUACUACCUCGACCUCAGUUACCAAAUGUUCUCAAAAUGUCAACACCUCAACUACAUGUUUAUAUGCUCCAUAUUAAAUUAUUAUUUGUCUCUCAUGUAUGAUGAGAAGAACGAGGCAUCGGUGAAUAUUCUGAUAAAUGCUAAUGUGGAUUUUACCUAUCUGGAUGAGAAGCUCAUUGAGGAGAGUAGACCCGUGGGAGAGGGUAGACCCUCCAAGCUGUCUUUCCAAAUUAAUAACAUAAGGUCUGGGUUACUCUUAGAGCAAAUAACUUACAGCUACAAGAAAAGGAAAAAAAAAAAAAAAAAAAGUGGACAUCCCUAUCAGGCAGUAGUCAACUUCGCCCCAGAAAAUGAGAAAGCCAAAAAUUCAUUUCAUAAGAGUGAAGGUCUUGAUGUGGAGGGCGCUAAACGGGGCAUCACUACGAUGGGAGAGUCCCACCUGGACAACAGGGAAAGUGAACAGGCACAGCAUCUUCUGAGCGAAGGUAACAUAAUAACUUUUGGGGAGGCCCAACUGAGGGGCGCAUCGCAGGAAGGCAACCAAGCGCUUCAUCCCCCGUUUGGACAUAGUCAUAAUGGGCACCACUACGAAGGGAACGAAAACGUAAGUGAAGACUCCCACCAGCGAAGACAAACCAUCGAGACGUUAACCAGCUCAGAUGAUUAUGAGGAGGAGAGUCAUCAAAGUACGAGUCGAGGAAAUCGUAGUGUAGAAAAUGCCCUCAUGCAGGAUGACUCAGAUGAGCAAAUUGUCCAAAAAAAAAACGAUUACAAAUGCAGGAAGUACCUAUUCGAAAUGACCCUGGCAGGACACACAUUCAAUAAAUGUGGAUUCAAAAAGUUGGCCCUUUUUUGCUACUCCAAGGUGCUAAAGAAAUAUGAAAAGAAAAAAAUGAAACACAUUUAUGAGCACUUGCAUUUUAUGAUGGCUCGUCAAGCAUUCAGUAUUAACUUAUACUACGAGGCACUGAACCACUACAUCUGCAUUUUGAAUUCCAUCGCCAAGAGCUUCGAACAGUCCUACGUGCUAAACAGACACGUAGACAUUUACUGCGCCUCUCCGGACAAGGAGAUUAACUUCAUUAGGGAGUUCGCCUACGUGUACAAAAUUUAUGUCGACCGAGUUUUGAACAGGUUCUUCAGGCGGAUGCGGGAUCGGGGUGCCCAGCUAGGAACGCACGAGGGUAAUCAAGUGGGUCCGGUGGAAGACUCGACGGGCGAGCCAAACCAAGGGGAGUCCCACCAAGGUGCGUCCCAUCAAACUUCGUCCCACCAAACUUCGCCCCACCAAGCUGCUUCCCCAAACAAGCUAAACCGAAUGCUGUACUUCCAGGAGGACAACGAGCAGAACAUAAUAAAACCCCUGAACCUCCGAAUCCCCCUCCUGCACAUAAGGAACGACGAAGGUUGCUUCCUAAACUCCGUUUAUGUGAGCAAAACGAAUAUCUAUACGUACCAAAGCAGAAUCGAAACUAACUUCUUCCACCUCAUCAAGGAGUGCCUGUUUAAAAUGAGCAAGUAUGACACGACAAUUGAUGACCUGUUCACCAUCAUGGCCAGGGAGUUUAAAGGUUUAUCGCUAUCGAAUCUGCACGAGAUGAAUUACCUUCACGUCACAUACAAGAAGUUUAUCAACUCUGUUUUCAACGAUUGUAUUGAGUGUUCAUCAGCUGAGUUUCCCUCUGUAAGGGGAAAAAAUAUAUAUCAGAAGUCCACAACCAAGGAGGAAGCUAUCGUGAACACCAAGUUCGUUCAGUACGCUUCGAAGGGAGAGCUCAUAUUUGUGACUUUUAAGUUGGUGAAUCCUCUGCACACGAAGGUGGAAUGCCAGGGCGCUCACAUUUGCGCGUAUUACCAUAACGGAGGCAUGAAUAGCGACAUCGAGGUUGAGAAAAGGGUAAUAAUUUUGGAUGCCAGGGAGACCAGGGUCUUCACGCUGUUCCUGCGCCCGCAGAAGAAGGGCUUGCUGUUCAUUUCGGGAAUAACGUGGCACCUAUUCGGCCUCGUCAAGGUACACCAGAACUUCUUCGCGCACGGCAUGAAGAAGCUAAACAAAAAGUUCGACCUCAUGCACACCAUAAAGUACGACGAAGUGUACAACUGCGAUGGCAAGGAGGACAAGAAGCAAAGUGUAAAGCGACUCAACAAGGAAAUUAACUCAUACACAUGGUCUAGCAACAUAGGAAUGCCAGAAGGGAACAACACAGACAAAAUGAAGCACUACGAUGUAGACAAUAGACUGCUCCUGUACGUUUACGACAACACAUAUCAUUUCUCUUUCCAAUUUGAAAACAUCCGUUCGGGAGAGAAGCGAGAUGUCAGCAACUACGAGGUAGAUUUUGUUGAGCUUCUGGAAGGUGAACAGUUCGAGAUGGUCAUAAAAGCCGUUAACCACUCAGCCAUGCCAGUGAAUUACCUAAGUUUCUGCAUAACCCCCUCCAGCCUUUUUAACUGCUAUAAGGUAGUACAUAACGAAGAGGAGUACCUACUUGGGGAACCUCCAAAUGUGGAACAUAUGUCGCUUCAUGAUGAAGGAAUGCACGAACACACGUGUAGAGGGUUACCCCAUGAAAAGAACGCCAAGGUGGAAGGGGGGGAGAAAAUUCCCCAAAAUGAAUUUAACUCAAGGAGGAAACACCUCUCCAUAGUUGCCGACCUGUAUUGUGAAGAGGCACUACGUGAAGACACCAAUGUGUUUAGGCAAAAAUUUAAAAACAAACAAAUUCAGCACAUAAAAAUCAGUGGAGAUAUUUCCCCAAAUGACGUUUUUUACCUGCACGUUCAGGUAAAAUCAAAUUGUACGGGGAUGCACAAAUGUAUGAUAACAGCUUUGUGCAAACAUAAAAAUGAAGCAAUCAAAAUGGGAGAUGACACACAUAUGAAGAAGAAAAAAGAAAGCUCUCUAAGUUAUCCAGAAAUGUUUGUCGAAAAAAAGGAAAAAUGUUUUUUAUUUCUAAGGCUACUGCAUGUCGUUCCGUUGGUCAAGCUAAGUACAUACCUCCUUAACCCUUGUCAUGGUCCAAACUCGUUCAUUUAUUUUUUCAUCCAUAACUUGUGCAGGAGUGAUAUUUGUAUGCACAACAUACUUUUGGAGCGUGAGAAAGGGACGCCUUCUCUCGCUAGUGAAAGAGGUCCCCUCAAAAAAAAUACAUACGUGCACGCCAGUGAAAAGGGCUCCCUCCAAAAAAGAGAAGACGUGUGCGCCAGUUCGAGCUUCACCAAAUUGAUUACCGUGCACGCGUCCGAUUUUGUAUACCUGAGGAGAGGAGAAAAAUCCACGGUGCUUCUCUGCGCCAGGGGGGCCCCUCCAAACGUAGAAGUGAACAUGUCGCGAAACUCCCCACAUAAUGCAGCACCUAUCGCUGUUCACAUGAACUGGGUCGUGAAGGAUGGAACACACACCCGCAAGGGAUCCAUGAAAAAGGCAGUCCACUUCCCCACCGAUAUAGUAACCCUCUCAGUGGACCCAAACAACAGAGACAUUUACCUGAAUAACCAAAAGGAAAAAAGUUUUAAAAUAGCAAUCAACAUUCACAACAACUCAGGAGAAGAUCUUACCAAUUUUUAUGUGCAAGCUGAAGAGGUGGGCUCCAUGAAUUCAGCCCUCUCCAUGGACUGUUACGACUAUGGAGAGGGACACGAGUUGGAGGUUCCCAUGUUGGAGGUUCCCGAGGUGGACGUUCCCAUGUUGGAUGCUCCCAUGUUGGACGCUCCCAUGUUGGACGCUCCCAUGUUGGACGCUCCCAUGUUGGACGCUCCCAUGUUGGACGCUCCCAUGUUGGACGUUCCCGAGGUGGGUGCCGAUCGGGGGGAGGAGGAGCUCCCAGGACGUACUGAAUACCCACACAAGAAUGAUCUGCCGGAGGAUGACGAGAAGAAACUCCCCUCGGUAAGUAGUAUCAACGUGAACGUCGCUCCCGGGGGGGAUAUGGACAUACCCAGCUGCGCAAAUGAGUUGGGGGCCUUCCAAAUCGAUCAGGUGUUGGAAUACAACAGCAUAUGUGAUGGGAUCUUCCCCCAAUGUAGCAUAGACGAACUAAAAGGACAUGCGAACACCCCCCAUUUCUCCUACCAGUCCGUGCUUAACGACGAAAUAAGUAUUGCACAGAACAGCGUGACGCGGAAAAUUAACUUAUCCAGUUACAGCCCCAUAAGCUCAAGCUACCGAUGGGAUAGUAACUUUGAGGUAAGCAUGUCGACGGGGUUACUUGGAAGCACCUGCAUCCCCGAUGAGGUGGAUGGGGAGAGCGAACCUGUCAGCGAAGGGGUCGGCGAAGGGGUCAGUGAAGGGGUCGGCGAAGGGAUCGGCGAAGGGGUCGGCGAAAGGAACGACGCGAAGAACGGCGCGAAGUACAUCGCGAAGCACAUCGCGAAGCACAUCGCGAAGCAGGACAUGAUAUUCGAGGCAGCCAACUCGAUGGAAAAAAGAAACCUCCGCACGGAUAAAAUCACCAAGAAGUUCCACCAAACCGUAAGGGAAAACACAUAUGUGCACAACAACCACUGCACAAACGUUCACGAAUGCACCCCAUUGGGCAGCAACCUCUCACCAGCAAAUGUCCAAAAACAGAAAGUCACAGGAGGAAGAAGAACAGGAAGGCCUCUUUCAUUAAGCGGCUUUCUUUUCAUGGGGAUUAUCCAACGGUAUGUAAAAAGAUUGAAAAAGGGACAAAGCAAAAAGCUAUAUUUUAAUGUGCUUUUCACUCGGGAGGGAAUCUACAACAUAAAUAAAUUUCACCUCAUUUUCGACAUGCACAAUCAGACGUUUAUGGUGCAGCCGCUUAAGCAAUUAAUUGUGCAGGUGCACCGGUGA